GGGGGCGCGUGCGCGGAAAUCGGCCUUCGGAAAGGGACGAAAAGAGCAGAUCGAGGGCGGUGGGGAUCGAGAUUCGAAUACCCCGGUCGAGCGCACGCUUAUGGCGAGCAGCGAACCGGUGGUGGGAGCGAAGUAGAUACCUACUACUUCACUUUGCUAUUACAUUACCUUCACUCAAUCCGGCGGUGCAGUGCACACAAAACCUUUCGAUCCUUCGAGGCGCGCGAACGCUCCGCCGAGGAUCAUGGAUCGAGCGAUCGAGAUCUGCCGGGUGGAUCUCUCCCUGUAGACCGAGUAGAGCGCGUCGAGUGAUCGGCCGAGAGGUGCCCAGUAUAAAUUAAAUCCCCCGACUAAAAGAAAAUCCCGCAAUCACCGAGGAAGCGUUUCUUUUUCUCGACUCGUCAUCGAGACGAGUCGUCUCGUCGAUAGUUCCUCCCCCGGGGAGAGAUUCGGUGCCGAGAGUGUCUCCCGAGAGGAAAGUGCGGACCCAGUUUGACAGCAGUUUCCCGAAGGUGAGAUUCCACCCCGAAGGACGCACCGAGACAGAAUGACGAGAAAAAUCUGCAACUGGCCAUUGUUGUUCGUCCCGCUGGUGGAGCUCAGCCUCUCGGCCGUUGUGCUCCCAAGACCACCGUCAUCGCCCAACCACAUUCCAGGAGAUUUUAAAACGAUCGAGCCUAAGUUCUACAACGAGAAGGCCUUCUACUCGCAAAACACCAAUGUCGAGAAGCCCGAGACCGACAAUUAUAGUCUCCUGGAAAUUGAACUUCAGGGUACGGACCCUAAUGUCAUGAAUCUUCAGGGUCUCCUGCAAGCGGUCCUGAAGCACGACGUAGUAGGGAAUGAGUCACGGCCCAAUCCGGAAAUCGUGCCCAAUUCUAUUCUAGGAGUAAGAAACGUCGGCCCGGGAACAAAUUUCCGUACGACGGCGUUCACCGACGUGGAGGAUAAAAGUAUUUUACUGAGUCCCCUGAGAAUCCGGGAUCUCGACGAGAAGCUCUACUAUCUGAAGACAGGUAAGCCCAAAGUCUACGUAAAUUUGCGCAGCCGCGGCGGAAGUUUCCAGAGAGACUCGACCGCCAGUCCCGAAGAUGGAUUCCUGAGAUCUGCCCAAUUUCUCGACCGCCAGAAGGAGAAAUUGUUGGUAACAAAGAGCUACCGUCCAAAGAAAUUCUACUCGGACCGUGGGGACAUCCUCCCGGACGAGGAAAGUUACGGCACCCAGGAAUAUUCUACGAGAAUGAUGAAUUUCGCUCCUUCCUACGACGCCGAGGUCCAGUCUACCACCGAGAGUUCGAUGGUGACUUCCAGUGAACUUCCGAAACAGAUACCGGCACCACCAAGCAGGAAUCCUAAUCAGGCUUUGCUCGCCCAAACGACGCCCGUGCAGAAGUACGCCUCCCACAGGACCGACAUUUUGCCAGGGUACAGAUUCCCCGAAGAGUGAUUCUCCUAGGAGACAGAAGACACGAAGGUGAAGUGAACGCGAAGUCCUAAAGAAUUGUACAAAUAUGUUUCAACCGAAUCUGCGGAUGGGUCGAUUCGUUGAACCGCGGAUAGAUUUUCUUUUGAUAUCGAUUAAUGUAUUCCUCCUCGAUGAUGCUAUCGACUAGAACUGCGGCGGAAUUUGCGGGGUUUUUAUAAUUUAAUUAAUAAGAACGGUUCAUUUGGCGAUGAUCCAAGCCGGACGAAUCGAUGGUUGCACCGCAACAAUGGAUAAAUGACUUGAAAACUUACUCCCCUAAUUAUAGUCGUAGCUGUGAUUGGCUUUUCAAGAAGUACAUUAGUUUUUAAGACUUACAAUACCGUAGAGCGAAUCUAAGGAAUGCGUUGAUGAGUCCUUAAUUAUUUAUACAAAUUAAUAUAUGGCUGUACCAUAGUAAUAGAUAUUCGAAAUGCGUGACUACACGUCCGAGGCAAUGUUCACGUUAUAAGGGGUCAUUAUGAUAUCAUGCAUUGUAGAUAAAUUACAUUAAUGAUACAGGGACUAUUUUUCAUACUAUCUUCAUGUCAUUAAUUUUCGCCAAUGUAUAACUCUUCCUUUUCUCUAGUAGUUUCGUAAUCCAAUUAAGGUUUCUUUCCACAUCGUUCAAAUCGAAAUUCAUUCGUACCGAUGAUACUUAGAUUAAAUUCUUAUAGAUUAUACUUUCGUCUAUUAAUAGGAUUCACUCGAUCAGCGCAUUUUCA